UGCACAAUCUGUUCCGCUGCUAGCUAGAUAGCUUGCUUCAUCUUCUACGUACUUAUAGCUUCAUCUUCAACAAUGGCCGGAGUUCUAGUUUUCAGUUUUUGGAUGGUUAUUGCUUUUACUGCUACUACUACCAUUGCGGAGUCUCGACCAGUUCAUUUGAAAUACGUUAACGGGUCCAUGGAAAAAGGAGCCGUAUGUCUCGAUGGGAGUCCAUCCGCAUACUACCAUGACCAAGGGUUUGGUCCCGGGCGUCACAAUUGGGUCAUUUACCUCCAAGGAGGAGGAUGGUGCACUGAUGCGACAGAAUGCAAAGAUCGCAGCAAAUCAGACUUAGGAACUUCGAAUCACUUGGAGAAAUCUAUCACCUUCAAUUCUUCCUAUCUUUCCAGUAAUUCCACGGAUAAUCCUGAAUUCCACAGCUGGAAUAGGGUGUAUAUUCCCUAUUGUGACGGUUCUUCUUUUACCGGAAAUGUUGAAGCUGUGGAUCCGGUUACAAAUGUUACCUACCGUGGAUUACGCAUUUUCAAAGCCACGAUGGAUGAUUUGCUCUCUCAGGGAAUGAAGGAUGCUCAAGAUGCAAUUCUUAGUGGUGUUUCGGCCGGCGGACUGGCUACAAUGAUUCAUUGUGACCGGUUUCGAGACCUUCUUCCGAUGACAGCCCGAGUCAAAUGCCUUGCAAUUGCAUCUUACUUUGUGCAUGAGGUGCAUCUAAACGGAAGCAAAAAGUUCGAAUUCUAUUUUGAGGCGCUCGUCAGUUUACAUGGAUCGUCAAAAGGGCUACCUCCACAGUGCACUUCAAGAAUGAGUCCCAGUUUGUGCUUCUUUCCCCAAUACUUCUUGCCGACCAUAGAGACGCCUGUCUUCAUAAGCAUGUCAGCAUUUGAUCAUAUUCAAGUAAGACUGAACUUGUUUCAAGCAGAUGAGGUCUGCCUUCUACACGAUAAUUGCACAUUUGAACGGCUCCAAGCAAUGCAAGAGUUGAGGCACUACGUGCUAUCUGAGUUACCAAAAGGGUAUUUCUUCGAACGAGGAAUAUGGAUCACAAGCUGCAUCGCUCAUAACAUACCCUACUAUUGGAACCAGACGUCGUAUGCUCAAGUUUUUAGAGACUGGUACAUCAAUGGAGGUUCUGUUCAAUUGAUUGACGAAUUUGAUAUACCAAGAAACUGUUCUUUACAAGGAAUCCGUCCCAAUUCAUGAAAGGCCGGGUUCAAUUUCACCUUGAAUUGUUCUAAAAAAACAAUAUUCUGAAUUUGGUUCUUUAGUACGUACGAAUCCAAAUUGCUUAGGCUGUAGUACGUAUGAAUCAAGAAUAUGUUUGGAUAUCAGUUUUAUACUAUGUUAUAUGUUUGACUUUCUAAAAGUUCAGCCUCGAGACUUA